AGUUAUGUUACACUGUCGGUACAUUAACUCUGCAAUAGCGCGAUGGAGAAGUUACGGUCUUGUCAGAUACGGUUUUCUGAGUACUUGGAGAAGAAGAAUGUUGUUACUGAUUUCCUAAGCGUAUGUGAAACACGUUCAGGUAUCAGUAAACUGUAUUUAGCAUAUGGAGUGAUUGCGUUUUUGACGCUGUACUUAGUCAUUGGUUAUGGGACGGAUAUACUUACUCUGCUUGUUGGUGCUUUGUACCCAGCAUAUCAAUCAGUUAAAGCCAUAGAAACUCACGAGAAAGAAGACGAUACGAAAUGGCUAACCUACUGGGUUGUUUUUGCUUCUGUUCAACUUUUCGAAGCCUGUACAGCAAUGAUGGUCUACUACCUACCGUUAUAUCCCAUAAUAAAAUGUGCCUUCCUAAUUUAUUGCAUGAUUCCUAUCUCACAAAAUGGAUCCUUGCUUAUUUAUCGACGCUUGAUUCGACCGUUCGUUCUUGAGCAUUCGGAAGAUAUCGAUUCAGUGUUAAACAGUACAGCUGGUAUUGCUGGGAACCUAGUGGAAGACGGUACGUUUAAUUCCUUUUUUUCUCUUUUGAGUUUCAAGUCUUGUUAUACAGCCUUAAUACUUAUUAUUAAGUGUGACACUCAGUAACCGGGUUGUAACCUACUUGAAAUGUUACAUAACAUUGUUCAACCGAAACUAGCUGAUCGAUAUAAAUAUCCUACUUACAGAGGGUAACGGAUUUAAGUCACCUUUCAUCUAUAAAGUUUUAUAGUUUCAUAUGAUUGACUCUCAAACCUUAAUGCAACUCAAUACCUGUUCUAUUCAGAGUAAUAGUCGGUUACUAUCACUGAAUGUAUGAAUGGCUGAGUCAUAACCGAUAAGAACUUAUGCAUACGGUUAAUUAAAUAUAUUUAUAUCUGAUUGCUUUUGUUCAGUUUAAAUCAAUCGCCUAUAGAUAUGACACUAAUUUUUCUGAAGUCGGCGUUUUAUUUCACAAAGGUCCUAAUGUUACUAAGAUAAUAACCUUUCUUAAGUUAUGAUUUAUUUUCACUCAAAUUUUAGAAUUUUCCAUAUCAAGGAUAAAGAUCCAUUAUUUGAAUGAACUGUGACUCAUUUGGUGAGCAACCUAAAUAUAAAAGUUUUGUAAUGCCCUCUACCUGCCAAGACUUGGAAAGAUAUGACUACCAGCUGGCGCAAAAUCUAGUCUAAAUUUUCAUUAUACCUUUAUUUGUCAGAUUUUUUAACCUCCAUAAUAAAUUAUUUACGGUCAAAUUAAAGUCGAUUUUAUGAAAUUAACUGGAUUAUUUUGUUGCAACUUGAAUCCAUCUUUGGUCAUUCAAGUUGGCAUCAUCGUGAUUUCAUGCGCUGCUCCAUUCCGAAGUUUCGUGAGAUUCAUCGAAUCAUUUAAUAGCGCACGUAUAGUGUAAAUGCAAUUUAUUUUUUACCAAGUUUAGGUCGAUGUAUUUGUCUUUCAACGGGACAUUUUUGUUUGUGAAAACCAAUCAUAACAUCCGGAUUUACGAAAUAAAGUGGAUGAGAUGGGAUACGCUUUUGUUAUGACAUCGGUAAAGUACUAGCUAGAAUUAUAUGAUGUGACUUUCAGACUUGUAUUUUGAUCACACUUACUGCCUCGAGACCAACUCCCUAAUAUUUCAAAUUUAAUUCCUGACCUUAGUAAUCCCUAAGAACAAGAUAUUGUGCUUGGUCGUUCUUAUUAUGAUUGGUACUAAAUUGUUUCUAUUGGUUCACCACUCAUCUUGUUAAUUUUAUCUCGUGCUAACAUGGUAUGAAAACUUAGGUCCCAAGCUUUAAGUUGAUCCUAACCUGCUGAUAUGAGUAUAUGCGAUAGCCUGAGGUUCAGCUCAAGAUUCAACUUUCUUUUCAAAUUGACUUAACUUUUAAUCCACUCCUUGUUUUACCAUCUAAUCGUUGUGUUCAUCAACUUCACAAUCCGUUUGUAAUUAAGACUUUUAUUUAGUUACUAUAAAAAACCUAUCGUCUUGUGAAUACCUUCAGUUUGUUUAACAUAUCUGGGAAUAUGUAUGUUUAUUUUUUUCUUUUCUUUCCAGUCGUUCACAAAUCAGUUGAGAAACUAUAACACCAAGGUAUUUUUCCUCGAAGGUUUUUUUAAACAGUAAAUCUUUCUAGCGUUACGUCUCCUGAUCAACAACUGUUUACGAUUGCUGCCACCCAUUCAAGCCAAACUUAUCUUAAAUGAUAUAACGUGGUGUGUUUGUGAUUCAUUUUCAGAUUUUCCUAUCCUAUGUACAAUUCCACGAGAUCUAUUCAUAUAAGUAUCACAACAUUUUCUCCCAUAUACAUUUAUACAACAAUUACAAGAGUAGAAGAAAGUACCCUCACUCAUUCUGUUUAUUGUAAAGAAAAGUGUGCAUAAUUUUAUUUAUCCUUUUUUUUCAGUCCCUCUUUUUGGUUUGGUUUUGAUUUAGACUUAUCCAUUUUAAGAGAAUUAUAUUGUUCGCUAUUUUGUAAUUGGUUAAUGUUGAUGAUUUUAACCCAUAUCAUAUGUAUUUCAUUUGUGAAUACACUUAUUUCUUUUCUUG